AUGCUCGACGAGAACCUCCCAACCUUCCGGCUCAAGCGAUCCUCCGAGAACCCGCUCUCGAGUAUCCUCUACUUUACACAUAAUGGCUCAGACCCGUCAGUCGAGUAUCUACUACGACGGCCAGACCCCGCGCUACCCGCCUCCCAUAACAAGUAUGCAGUUGCACUGUGCGAUCCCUACAACCCAGAGGUGGUGUAUGGUGAGGUGUUGGUAGAACCAGAAUGGACGCAGCCAACACUCUCGGCAGCCGAGAUUCGCGCACAGGCACAAUCGGGUGCACCACCCGCUCAGGCCAUGGCGCUUGUUCCGGACAGCUUCACGAUCCAGCUAUAUAAUCCGGAUCAGGCUGUUGCGGUCAAAAUGGUGCCAGGGACGUGGAAUAAGAGCGAUAGCUGGGAAUUUGACCUACCAACCCAAACAUUUCGAAAACCGACCACCAGUGAGCUGGACCGCGAACAUCAAAACACAUCGCCAGCCGUGGCCGACCUGACCCCCCGCAUCAUGUUUCGUUGGAAGAAGGACGGCCGGCUGAGCAAGGAUAUGACAUGCUCCAUGUGCGGCACUAGGCUAGGGACGCGCAAAAACAAAGAGCCCGACAUCACCAUAGCGAUGUUCAGGGCCGCCCGUGAAAGCAUUAUGACCGUCUACCAACCAAAUCUGCACCGCGUUGACCUCGAGGACCGUAAGGGACUCGAGAUAGUGCUGCUACUCGGGUCUGAGGUCAUCAAAGAUCUGUACUUGAUGCCCAAGGUAGACAUCUUCAACGUUCAGGGCGGAGCGCCGGUAUCCAACGGAAAGAGGAAAAAUUCUCGUCCCGCCGGGUCACCUACAGGAGCAGCACCCAUGUCCGGAGCACUAGCAGCAAACAUACCCCCGAGCGCAGCCGCCACAACCGCGACGCCCGCCACACGUCCCUCCGCCGUAGCCGCGGCAAACAGCACCGCGCCCUCGACUGGGCCUGCCUCGAACCCCGAGAUCGAAGCCGAAACCCGCCGACUGCAAGCCAUGGUCGAGCGCGAAGAGCGGGAACGCCGAAAAGCCGAGCUCGCCGAACAAAAACGGAUCCAAAAGAUGAUCCAGGAGGAGGAAAAGGAGCGGCGGCGGCGCGAGGCAGAAAUCGAGAAGGAAACAGAGCGCCUCCGCAAAAAGUUCGGGGUUGAGGGGCAGCAGCUCCCUUCGGACCGGCCUCCCUUACCUCCUCGGGCGCAAGGCAACGCCGGGCCCAGUCCCGUCUUCUCUCCUCCUCCUCAUCCCCACCCCCCGCCGCACAAGGCUCAUCACUCUCCCAACCCGCAGCAGCAGCAGGGGCUCAGUCCCUGGGGAUACCCCACGUCGUUGGGCACGCCGGCGCCUGCGCUACCGCCCAGGCCGGUCAGCGCGGAGCCGUACUCGCGCCCAUCUGCCUCGGCCUCCGCGGGGGGCGGGCAGGGCCAGCAGCUCUGUCAGCAGAUGCCUCAUCUCGGUCAGGCGCUGGGCGCCGUCUUGAAGGGCGCUGCGGGACAGCUGCAGCAGCUGCAGAGUCGGAAAAGGAGUUCCCACUGGUGA